AUGAGCUUCGAUAAUGAAGGUAAUAAUGAUAAACAUGAGGUGAAUAAUAUUUCCUUAGACGUCUUAGAGACAAUUGAUGGAGAGAAUUCAUCAAGUGCUGAUGAAUUUGAAUCAGCCAGAGAGAGAUCAUUUGAUUCUACUAGCAAAGUAGAUGAAGGUGAUACAUUGGCAAAUGAGGAUACUUACGAUCCGAACAAUGAAGAUAACAGUAGUCCUAAUCAUAAAAAUAUAACAAAAGAUUACAAUGAGAGAGAAAAGCACAUAAGGGAAUACGAGCUGAAUAUGAAACCUGGAAAGCCGAGCCACCAUUCAAAAACAUUAAGAGUGGUGUUGCCACCGAGAUCUGUUGCAAGAAAGGAGAUUCUUCGUGAAGGAGUGAAAACUUGGUACCCGAUUCAAUUUUUGAUUAACAGUACAAAAUUGUGUUGGACACACUUCCUUGCACUAGAUGAACAUAUCCGGGUAGCCAAGUGUAAAAAUUGUGGGGAAGUUAUUAGAAAUUCUUCUAUAUCUCGUAACAAGCCAUUGACUAAAGAUUUCAGGGCACAUUUAGGAGACGUUCAUGAUAUUGGGCCAUGGAAUAAUUACUACAAGUCAGAAGAAUCGAAUAAUGCAAAGGAGAUCCCAGUCGUCCCCAGCGUGCUUAAUCUCAUUAGAGAUGAAAAUGUUAAUGACGAGAAUUAUGCGACCGUAUUUAAUCCUUAUGGUACACUGGAAGGUCAAAGGGUUAUACUUAACAGAAUGUUAAAUUUAGAGAGUAAUCAUUUCGGCAAGUUCCAAUUUUUAACUUUAAUUUGCAUUUUGCAAAAUUUUAAAUUCGAAUUCAUGGAAACCAAUUUGUUUGAGACAUUAUUAGAUUUGUUACAUCUAAACAUAAGGAUCAAUUCGCGAUCGUUAAUGGAGAAUGUGACACAUAUAGAUGGCCAGGUGUUAAGUUUGGUGACAAGAUGUAUCGCCUAUCAUGCAGAGAACCUCCCACUUACACUAACUAACGAUAAAUUUGGUGAUGACGGAAAUUUUAACCGUAGCGCUGUAGAGACUUUCAUUAACAGUGGGUUAAACCAGCUACUGGAGAUGCCCUUGUUUUCGAUAGAGCAAUAUAUAUAUGAUGGUAGAUUCUUGGUCAUUACUUUGCAAUACUGCGACAAGACAUAUUUUCAAAGGAAGUAUAUUCCAUUGAUGAUUUCUCAAAUUCCAAAUGAUGAGAUACCCAAUACAUUUGAAAUUGUUGAAAAGCUGAGUCGUAUAUUUAAUGAUAUAACUGGCCUAGAUAAAAGUACAUUGUCCAUCGUACUACCAUCAGCAACAGAUAAUAUACGGUCCUUGUUAUUGAAGCAGCAACCUCCUUUAAAAGAUAUAUGUUUUCAUGAAUGUUUUAUUUCCACGCUAGUAGGUUCUCUUAUUCCCUUUUUUGGAUAUAUUUCAGGAAAUAUAACCACAAGUGAGAUACUUUUACUGCACCCAAAGGAUAGAACAAUCAUUGAUAAUUUACUGAAUUUAGAAAAUAUUGAAACAUAUGACUCAAUAUUUGGGAAGAUAAAUCGUUUUUAUCAAGAAAUUAAAGAUUCCUUAAUUCUUCGAGAACAUUUGAAAGAUGCAUGUAAAGAGACAUCAAAUUCGAAUAACGAAUUCAAAUUUGAACAAUUCGAAAAAACGAGACCUUCCACGGCUGUACACUUUUUACAAUCAUUUUUAAAGUACAAGGAAGAAAUUAUGGCUAUAAGAGAAUAUUCAUUAGAGGAAUCGUUUAGUCUUGGGGAUUUUGAGCUUAUACGAUCAAUGGUGCAGAUAUUGUCUGUAUCGUUUGAUUUGAUCAAUUUUUUUAACGACUCAACCUCACAGUUUCAUAAUGUAAUAGUGACUGUCAUAUCACUGCAGAACUAUAUAGAAAUUAUUUUGCAAGAUGCUGUGGCUCAGAAAACAAGAAAUUUUGUUAAAAGCUUUUUAGACGAUAUUAUUGCAUGUAGGAAACGGAUAUCGCAACAUAAGGAUACGUUGUUGUCGAUAUUUAUAUCUCCGAAUAUGGUCUGUGAUAAGCAAGCGUUAUCUAUUUUAUACCCUGACGUUAGUUUCCAAGAUGUUUUAGACGAUGCCGUUGAAAUUGCCUUCUCCUUGCUAAAGAGAUUCCUAAUGGUAGAGGAGAAUACUGAAAACACGACGAUUAAGGAUGGUGUUGUACCUAACACAUUUGAAAGAUUAGCAUUUACAGAUUUUGCUGAUCCUGCUAGUGCCAAUACGGAUGGUAAUGUGCUAUUUGAUUUAAUAUUAAAGAAUCAAAUAAGACGUGAUUUUGGAGAGUUCAUUAAAAUUAUCACUAAAGAAUAUGAUAUAUUUUUUACUCAAAAAUUAGCUAAUACAGAAUAUGAGAAAGAGGACUCCAUAUUCAAAAACAAACACACUGGCGAAAUACCGAAUCCGGUUACAGAGUUAUUAGAAAUCCACCUACCGAUCAGUAACGCUUUUUUGGAGAAGUACAUGGAAUUAGAAAUAGGAAUUGUUUUUACAGUAAUUGUUAAAUGUGUGAUUGGCCAAUCAUCUAGCUCAUUUUCUUCGGCGUUACACUAUCUCUUUGAGUUUCAACCUGCAAACCAAGAAACUCUAUUGGCAGAAAUCAUUAGAGUUAGAACAUUUGCCAACCAAUUUAAUAUUAUGAAUGUUGUUUGGGAGGAGGAGGAUUUAUUUACUAUCUGCAAAUUCCCAGGAUUGCGCUAG